AUGGAUGCGGCAUUUCGAACUACUAUUUUUGACAUUGCACAAGAUGCAUCGCAAGCUGCAGCGGCACAUAACGACAACGACGCUCAUAUGAAAAGAGUGAGUGUAACGAUCGACAAGAUACCAGAUAAAGUUCUCUUGCAUAUCUUCAGCUUUUUACGACAUUGUGAGCUGGGCAGAGUUGCCCGUGUUUGCAAAAAGUGGCGACUUCUUGCUUAUGAUAAUCGCCUUUGGACUCAUGUUUCUUUGCGACCUGAGUUUUCUGGUCUACACAUUUACAGCCCCGAAACUUUGCAGGCCCUCAUUGGAAUUCGCUUUGGUUCUGCUCUUCGCUAUAUAGAGAUUCCAAGUGAUCUUAUUACAGCCCCUGUUCUUCAUGAACUUGCCAACAAAUGCCCUGCACUUCGGUACAUGACACUAGACUUCUCCAAUGCUAUGCAGUUGCAUGAUUUCAAUGAUUUGAAUGCUUUUCCAUGCAACCUCCGUAGUUUAUGCAUUUGCUUAUCAGAAGUCAUUUUUCUUGAGGGUUUUAUGCGGAGAAUUUAUAGCUGUUUAUCAUCACUGGAAGUUCUGCACUUGAUUGGAACAUUUGAAUUGUCCUCAGAGUCAGAAGAAGACAUUUAUGAAGUCAUCAACAUUAGCAAAAUUAAAGCUCACACUCCGAAUCUCAAGGUAGUGAAUCUGUAUGGGAUUACAUUUCUGGAUGACUCCCAUAUUGAACUGUUAGCAUCAAAUUGUAUCCAUAUUGAAUGUCUUGCUUUGAAUUUUUGUCUGCGCGUAAAGGGUGCUUCUUUCAAAAAUCUUGUUCAGCGCUGCAAGAAACUGAAGACACUUUUAUUGCAUCAUGCUGGUGUUGAAGAUGAUCACAUGAAUAGUGUACCUUGGGAGACAUCUUCAAUUCAUGAAUUAGAUCUAACAUCUACUGAACUCUCUGCCUCAUGUUUGGAGAAUAUACUUCUCCGCAUGCCUGGAUUCACAUAUCUGGCUCUGGGUUACUGUGAAUUCUUUGAUGAUAAGAUCCUUGAAAAAUUAAUGGAGAGAGGGAAAUUCUCUCGUCUUCAGGCUCUUGAUAUCAGCCACACUCAUGCUCUCAGUGAGAAUGCCAUUUAUCAGUUCAUUCAGAAACAUGGUCAGAACCUACGAGGUCUAAUGUUAGCUGGGAAACCAAAGCUGACUGAGAAUUUUUGGUUGAAUGCCAUUCCUUAUCUUAAAAAUAUAAAAAUCUGUGUGCUAGGCACAGCCAAUGGAUGGUUUUUAAAAAUGCAGUCGCGUAUCCAUGUGGAUCAAAUUGUGGAAGCUUUUGCACAGCAUUGUCCAAGACUACAGCGACUGGAAAUUCAAUGGGACCCAGACACCAUACGUUUUAGUGAUAAGAGUAAUAAAUUUAUUGAUCAUAUCAGGCUUAGAUGCCCAGGACUAAAGUCGUUCACUCUAAGUGAUGGGGAAUACUAUGAAAUGGCUAAAUCUAAUUUUGAGCGUGCUGAUCGCGUAAAGGUUGUGCGAACUUGUACAAACUACACAACAAGCAUUGUUAGUCUGCUUACAAACUACAGCGAUUUAAUGUUCAACUAA